AGCUAUGUUGGCUCAAGUCUCAAGCUUCAAAAUGCGUCAAGCCGCUGCUGCCAGCCACAGUUUAGUGCUUAGUCCUUAGAGCGAGAUGCACCAUGCAUCCAUCGGAUAAACGCCUACUCCGGAAGCAGACCAGCUUUGGCAGCACAAUCACGCGUUUCCAGGGCGACUGGCUAAGAAAGAUCAUCUCACCAGGAGGGUCGAGCGGUGCCAAGUUGCUCAAUAAGCCCCACCGGGCGACUGCAGAGCAGCUGCUGCGGUGGCUUUAUCAGGCGUCCUGGCCCGCAUUGAUACUUGCUACGUUGCUUGUGUUCAUUGCGACUGCCGUGCUGUUGGCAGUCACAUUGUACCCAUCAUGCCGCGCCUCGCCAAGCGAUGGUUUCGUGCGUGUGUUGUCGAUCGUCUUCUCGGCGCUCGGUGGCGGCGGCCAUGGCACCCUGGAUGAGGCGACACAUUGCAUCAUGAUUGUCGGGCUGCUCAACUUUGUGGCCCUCCUUCUGCAGGGCACGCUGUUCUCUGUGAUUGUGACCAAAGUCAUGAAUCCGAGCGUGAAGUUGCGAUUCUCAUCAAGGCUCGUGGUUAUCACACGUGGUGGCGAGCAGUACCUCUCCUUCCGACUGGUCCACCCGAACGGCGACUGCAUCACCAACCUCGAAGUGGAGACGUGGUGGGCCCACAGGGAAAAGACGCCUGAGGGCGAGAGCUUCGUCCAGCUGGACGAGGUGGUGUUUCCAGUGAACGGGUCGAUGUUGUUUUUGCCUCGCACGUUCACACACAAGAUUGACAAGGCUUCGCCAUUCUGGCCUUACCGAGAGGCGCUCUGCGAAGCGCACGGCCAGCUGAACGUGCACGUGAAAGGCACUGACCAGUAUCUGAACACCGACUUUUGUGACGCGUGGGUGUACAACGUGCCCGAUGUGGACCAUGUGGAGGGCACGCAAUACCACUGGGCCGACAUGUUCAUCGCUCUCCCCGACGGCACCACUGGUGCAGACCUCGCAAAGAUCGACGAGGUGGCGAUGGGGCCCGACCAUGAGGUUCAAGCGUCGGCCGCGGAGCGGUCCAUCGAGGUGCCACGUCUCCGGCAGCGUACUCCUGCGUAGUGGGUAGCAGCAUGGCCGCAUUUACGAUGGGGUGUGGCAACUACAGUCGGGGCCCUGAGGAAGGAACCCUUUCCGUUGGGGAGAGGCUCCGCGUUCCUUAAGUGUUUCGCAGCUUGCCUC